UGCUGCUCGGUGAAGCCUCGGCGGGGCGGUGCGUUUUGCUGCCGCGACAGACGACCGCUCGCGGGAGCCGCAUUUUCUCAUCCCGGCGUUCAUCCCGCCCCAAGGGAGGGCGGCCAUCACCGCCGGAAGGAAGAAAGUCCGAGGUGCGUGCAGUGCGCGAACGACGCUUGGUGCCCAAGCCCGCAGCUCGGGGGUGCCCGCCCCGCGACCCAUAGUGGAUACACGGAGACCCGAGUGCCAGCCCGGCGGAGUGCGGAAGAGCAGCGCGGCCAUCGGCCGGAUCGAAGCGCCGCGUGCGUGAGUGGCGCGAUGCCGGUGGCGGCGGCUGCUGCGGCGGCGGCGGCCUCGGUCUCUUCGGCGGCCGCGACGACGAGCUGAGUGAGGCGCGGAUGCGGACCGUGCAUUUCCGAGCCGGAGGGGGCCUUCCCGAGGCCGGCAGCUAGCUGAGCGAGGCGUCGCAGCAGAAGCAGCAGGAGAAGAGCAAGCGAUCGCAGCGUAGACCAUGUCCUCCCGCGACAUGUACGGCGGCUCGCAGAGGUCGCCCCGGGCGGCCCAGAGCUCGCGCGACGUGAUGCUGGGGCCGCCUAAGACGUCCUACGCGUCCAUCUCGCAGCCGCCGUCUGCCAGGGGAAGUCCCAUCGCGCGCAACCUCUCGUCGCCGUCGCAGGGCCGCCGCAUGCGGCCCACCGGACCGUACGGCGUGAGCCGCUCGAGCAACAACAGCCCGCUGACCAUGUCCACGCACGACUACUACGGCGACGAGCCGGACCUGCGGGUGUCGCACCGGAGCCGGUCGGCCACGCGCACCGCGCCGCCGCCCAUGCGCUCCUCGUACCCGGGCGUCGGCGUCGUCGACCAGGACUUCAUGCCCAUCCGAGACCGGUCCCUGGAGCGCGGCGCCGUGGACCUGGGCCGCCGCGGAGGCGGAGGGUACCGCGAAGACAUGUACCGCGAAACCACCAUCGACGGCGACCCGUACCGGGACUACGGCAGCAGUGGCCGCGGAGGCGGCGGCGGUGGGAGCUUCGUGGCCGAGCUGCAGAGCCGGCUUAACGAGCUCCAGAGUCAAUACGGGAGCGUCAAGCGGGAACUGGACGCGACCACGCAGAAGCUCGGCUCCAGCAUGCACAGCAUCAAGACCUUCUGGAGCCCCGAGCUCAAGAAGGAGCGCGCCUUGCGCAAGGAGGAGGCCGCCAAGUACGCCCUCAUCAACGACCAGUUGAAGAUACUGCGAUCGGAGAACCAGAAGCAGGCAUCGCUCAUCCGCCAGCUGGAGGAGGAGCUGCGGAUGGCGCACAUGCGCAAUCCCGACGCCGAGCUACGUCAGCACCUGGACGCCCUCUACGCCGAGAAGGAGCACAUGGCCAAGGAGAUAUUCCUGCUCAGGGAGACCAUCAAGGAACUGGAGCUGCGGAUAGAGACGCAGAAGCAGACGCUCGCAUCCCGAGACGAGAGCAUCAAGAAGCUGAUGGAGAUGCUGCAGAGCAAGGGCGUCGGGGGCCAGAUGCUGGAUGAACAGCGUAUGGAGAUGGAGCGACUCAAGAGCCGCCUCAUCGAAUCCGAAGCCCGUGCGCGCCACCUGGAGACCAUGUUGGACACCAGAGACCGAGACAUUGGCAAGCUGGACGAGCUCCGGAUCGAGCUGAACAAGCGCGACCAGGAGCUCCUGGCCAUGGGCGCCAAGAUGAAGACGCUGGAGGAGCAACACCACGACUACCAGCGCCACAUCGCCGUGCUCAAGGAGUCCCUGUGCGCCAAGGAGGAGCACUACAACAUGCUGCAGGCUGACGUGGAAGAACUGCGGCAGCGGCUGGAGGAGAAAAACAAACUAAUAGAGAAGAAGACUCAGCAGGCGCUCACGGCGACGCAAGAACGCAACCAGCUGAGCCAAGAACUGCAGGAGCUGAGAGAUCACAUGGACAUCAAGGACCGAAAAAUCAACGUACUUCAGAGAAAGAUCGAGAACCUGGAGGACCUGCUGAAGGAGAAGGACAACCAGGUGGACAUGGCGCGUGCGCGGCUGUCGGCGAUCCAGGCGCACCACUCGACCUCGGAGGGCGCCCUGUCCAGCCUGGAGGAGGCCAUCGGCGACAAGGACAAGCAGAUCGUGCAGCUGCGCGAGCAGCGCGACCGCGCCGAGCAGGAGCGCAAUGAGGAGCGGGACCUGCACGAGCGCCAGCUGGCCGAGUACCGCAUGAAGAUGCACGCGCUGGAGAGCGAGAUGGACAAGCUGCAGAGCCGCCUGGAGAAGGCCAACGCCGAGAAGGAGCGCCUGGAGGCGCGUCUCGAAAACUCCCAGUCCGAGUUGGGACAGGCGCGUGCCGAGCUGGACAAGAUCCAGGCCGAGGUGAGCCGCUCGUCCGCCGACUGGGAGCGAAUGCGCGGCGAGCACGCGCGACUGUCGCUCGAGAACGACCGCUUCCGCGAGCACGUGGGCCGCCUCGAACAGCCCACGGUGACGUCGUCGGCGUACCGGAGCGCCACAAGCAUACUGCCGCUGCAGCAGCAGCAGCACGCGUCCGACGAGCGCACCCAAGAGAAACUCGACCGCGUGCAGGCCGAGCUGCGCCGGGCGCAAGCUGAACUGAGGAUGACGCAGGCGGAGCAGGAGCGGGCGCGCGGCGAGCAGGAGCAGCUGCAGGAGAAGCUGGAGCGCUCCCAGGGAGAAGUGUACCGGCUCAAGGCCAAGCUGGAGAACGCGCAGGCCGAGAGGGAGGCCCUCCAGGAGGAGUACGACCGCGUGCAGGGCAUCGUGGCCCGAGGCCAGUCCGACAGGGACGCCGCGCUGGCCGAGGCGGAGACGCUGAGGGCGGAGCUGGAGCGCGUCCAAGGGGGUCUCACGAAGGCUCAGGUGUCGCAGGAGAAGACGCAGGCGAUGCUCGACCGGGCGCAGCUGGAAGCCGACAGGCUGCAGGAGAAGCUGGACAAGGCACUGACCGAGACGAGGAGGCUGGCUGCCGACCGCGAGCGCUGCCAGGACGAGGUGCAGGGCUUGCAAGGGCAGCUGGCCCAGGCUCAGCUGCACGCUCAGCGGGCGCACAAGGAGAAGGACGCGCUGCAGUCCGAACUGGAGCAGACGAGGGAGAAGGCCGACAGGGCGCUGGCCUUGCAGCAGAGGCUGCACAAGGAACGCGACGGCGCCCAGGCCGAAGCGGACGCGUUGAGGGACCGUCUGGAAAUACUCCAGAGCCAACUAGCCAAGGCGCACAAGGAGCGGGAGAACGUCCAAGCAGAGUUUGAGGUGAUGCGUGACAGGCACGACAAGAUUGCGCUCCAGGCGGAGCGAGGACGAGCCGAGGCCGACGCAGCACAGGCCGAGUUGCGGGCAGCGCGCGACCGCGCCGACAAACUCCAGCUGCAGCUGCAAAAGGCCCAGGAAGAAAGGGAACUGUGCAGGCUGGAACAGGACAAGCUCCGCGAGAAGCUUGACAGGGCACAGGCGGAAAGCUUCAAAGCCCAGACCCGCCUUGACCAGGGUCAGGCGGAGGCAGACCGCUUGGCCCUGGAGUUAGACAAGUCCCAGGUCCUGCUGGCUAAAACCAAGGAAGAUCACAAGCGCUCUCAGGAAGAGUUCGAAGGCUUGCAGGACCUGUAUGUGAGAACAAAUGCCCAGCUGGCCAAGACCAAAGAGGCCGAAGAGAAGACACGACAGGACCUCGAUCGCUGUCAAGUCGAGCUGGAAGUUGCCCGCGAUCGUUUGGAUAAGGCACAGCUGGAGGCGCGCCGUCUUCAAGCCGAGCGCGAUCGGCUGCAAGCCGAGGUAGACCGCAUGUCUCUAGAUAUGGACCGCAUCCAAACGCAAGUGGGGAAGACCCAAACGCAUCACGAGAAGUCCCAGGAAGAACUGGCGAGAAUGCAAGUGGAAUUGGAAAAGCUGUACGAGAAACUGGAUAGGGCACAGACGGAGCUGCGCAAGACACAGAACGAAAAAGAUCGCCUUCAAUCUGAGAAAGAGAGCCAGCAGGCAGAACUGGAACGCUACCAGGCGCAAAUGGCCAAAUACCACAGCACCCAAGACAAGUCUCAAGCAGACUUCGAACGGCUGCGUAUCGAUGUUGAGAAGAUGCGGGACAAGUACGAAAAGACGCUCGCAGAGCUGAACAAGACAAGCGAGGAGAACGCGAAGCUCAAAGCCGAGCUGGACCGAACACGGUCAGAGAAGGGUGUCACCCAGGAAGAACGCCAGGCGCACGCUAAUGAAAUUGAACGGCUUUACAUCGAAGUUGAAAAAGCCAAGGACAAAUACGAAGGCGCCAAGAUCGAAGUCAAGAAACUUCAAGACGCGCGCUCCCAGCACCAAGCCGAAAAUGAGCGGUUGCGCAGAGCCCUGGAAACUACGCAGGCCGAGCUGAAAAAAGCCACUGCGGCAUCAGACGAUCGGCAACGCCAGGAGAUGGAGAAGUUAACAGCUGAAUGUCAGAGGCUCCGUGAGAGAGCCGACCGUGCUAUCCAGGAGAGGGACUCGCUUCUCGCAGAACUGAACAAGGCUCAGGCGACACUGGAUUCGCUGCACGAGGCCAGCGAAGGGGACCGGCAGAAGAGCACCUCGGAGGUGGAGCGCCUCAGGCACCUUCUGGGUCGCUCCGAGGAAGACCUCCAGAAGACGGUCGGCGAGAACAGCAGGCUACAAAUGGAAGUGGAGCGGUUGAAACAGGACGUCGAGGACGCCGAGAGGUACAUCGCGAGUGUGCAGGAGAGCACGCAGAAAGACCGCAGCCAACAGGAAAGCCUUCGAGCGGAGACGAAACGGCUCCACGAGACCCUCGAGAUGGUCCAGGAGGAGCUGCGCAAGACUUCCCAGGAACGCAACAGGCUCCAGAUCGAAGUGCAGGAGCUGGUUUCGGAACUGGAGCGACGUAGCGGCACGGACACCGCUGCGCGUGCUCAGGAGGACGCGAGGAUACGGGGUGAGAUCGAAAAGCAGCAGCAAGAACUGCAACAGCUGCACAAGGAACUGAAGAAGAGCACCCAGCAGAUGCAGAAGCUCGAGACAGAGAACAAGGAGCUCAGGGCAAAGCUGGAAAGAGCUUUGGACGCAGCCGCUCACGCGCAGAAGCAGUCGGAAGAGACGCACGCCGAGACUACCAAACUGAGAGAGGCAAACCGAAUGCUGAAGCAGCAGCAACAGCAACUCCAGCAGCAGGCCGCCGGUGCAAUGAAGGAAGGCGAGCGCGAAAAGCUGCAGAGAGAAUUGGACAGGAUGCAAGUGGAAAUGGAAUGUCAGAGGGAAGAAGCAACGAAGCUGAGGAAGCAGCUGGAACAGUCAAGGGCGGAAAUCAAGAAUUUCUCGGUGGAGCGAGAUCGCUUCCAAGAGCAGCUGGAGAAACUGGUUCAAGAGAUCGAACGGAGGGAGACCGAGAUCCAGAACCUUCGCGCGAAAGGCGCCCAGCCUCAGGCGAACCCCAAAAUGGAAGCCGAGCUCGAGGCCCUCAGGAAGAGGCUCGACGACCGACAGAAGCAGCUGGACGAGUUCGAAAAGAGGCUCAAGAAGAAGAAAGAGAAGCUGGAGCAGGCAGAGGCUGCCCUGCAAAAGGCGGGCAGCACGGAGACGGAACAGGAGCUGGUCCGGCAGCUGGCCGAGCUGAAGAUGCGCUGCGCCGAACUGGAGACGAGGCAGCCACCGCCGCCUCCGACGGGAGGAGCCAACGAGGCCGAGCUGGAGCGGCUGCUCCAGAUCAUGUCUUCCCUCGAGGAAGAGAAGGUCAAUCUCAACGCACAGAUCAAGCAGCUGCAAGAGGCGCUAAAGGACCGAGACAGCAAACUGAACGCGCUCAAGAGGAGCCAGCAGACAGACAAGACGCGAAGCGCCCAGAUGAUGGACGAAGCUCGCCGGAGAGAAGGAGACCUCGGUCGAGAAGCUUCCAAAGCUCAAGAGGAAGUCGCACGGCAGCGAGAGCGCAUUGAGGCCCUGGAAGAGGCCCUCCGGGAGAGCGUCGAGAUCACCGCCGAGAGCGAGGCCGAGGUGGUGCGCCAAGAAGCCCUGCUGCGGGAGGCCCAGGACACGGUAACGGACUUGGAAGCCCAACUUCGUCGUGCGAAGAGCAGCAGCGAGUGCGUCCGCUGCGGCAGCUGCCCCGACCUCAGGUUCCAGAUGAAGGACGUUGGCUGGAAGGCCAUGUGGGCGGAACGGAAGCGCCACCUGGACGAGCUCUACGACAUGAAGUUGGAGGCGCUGUCGUCGGCCAUCAGCGAAAAAGACGCGCACCUGGCCCUGCUGGAAGAACUGCCAGUCCAGGACGAGAACACCAAGCGUCAGGCGGAGAACCUGCGCGCCGAAAAGCAACGCCUCGUUCGGAGGAUCAAAGUGGAGAACGAGAGCCGUGUCAAGAUGAUCGCUGAAGCUGACGACGCCUUGCAACGAGUCAACGGCACUGGAGACCACGACACGGUGAAUGAGCAGGAUGACAAGGCGGACACGUCGUGAUCUCCCCGGACUUCCCUCUGCCACGCUGCUGCUGCCUUCGAUUCGGAUAGCCCGACACGGCUGAAAGCUAGCGGCCACGGAAACCAACGUCCUGUUCGCUGCGUAGCCCUCCAUAUGUCGCCUUCGUCGAUUCCAUGUGACCACAGCCUUCUUUUCGUUAUCGCUUCUGCUGUUAUCUGUGCGGCGCGAUAAUACUCAAUUUCUUUCCCUUUUUUUCUUUCUUUCUUUUUUUUUUUUGCUGGUACUUGUCGCUACAGCGGGAAAAUCGUGAAGAACGUAAUAUAUAUUUUUUUAUUCCGUUCGUUUUUCUCACCGUGCCAAAAAAACUGGACCGGACGUCCUGUGGCGAGCUCAAACUCGCGCAUCGUGAAGGCAAGCGAUUCUUAAUUCUUAAUCUUGCGUUUUUUUUUUUUUUUUUGUACAAAGAGUCAACCUCUUGACUAAUUCCAUAUGUGAAUUUUUUGUGACAGUGAAGGAAAGACCCAUAUUCAUUUUUUCUCCCAUAAUAUAAAACCACAGCGCUGUAUAUCUUACUGAGAAACAAAAUACCAAGAAUUUUUACUUUUCUUAUUACUGUAACUCCGCGACCAGUUUUUCUGAAGUCAACGGGAAGCGAUACCCAAACGAUAGUUAUACGUCUUUUUAAUUAUUGUUGCAUCCUAUGUUGUUUAUAUAACUUUUGUUUGUUUAACGCAAGCUGAUGUAUUAUUGUUUUCUUGUAUAUGACAAGCAAGUUGCCGCUUUUAUUGACUGUACAUAUUGCGUGUUUUUACGAGACGUGUGCUUUCGUCUGCGCGUCUUCAUCAUAUACAUAUUGGUACGUGUUGUGCGCAUUUCAAACACCCUUUGGUAUCAUCCCUUUUAGCUUGUGCUGCAUGUUUAUAGGCGAGAAAGCAAUCUUUCUUCUUUUUUUUUUUUUUUCACCCCCCAACGAAGCGUUGCGUGGCCAUGUUCUGGAAACGGCAGAUGUUCUCCAGGAGUGGGACAAGUGGGCAGCCAGAUUACGUCACACAUGCAAAGCGGAGGACUGACCAUAUUAAUCGGAAACCUCACAUUGCAAAGCACUUUACUCGCAGAUACGCUGUGUUCGGAGUUGCCCGGAGUCUUAGCUACGACUCGUUGGCUUUCGCGUUUGGUCGUGGCUGUUAGCGGGCGGACAGCGAAGCAACGCAAAUUGUACACGUAAUAUUGAUUAUUGAGCCGAUUUCACCUUUGCGCUAUGAUAACGAAGACACCGGCCAACGACAGAAAAAUGUUGGAAACGUAAUCCCUUGCGGCAACCGAGUUAAAGGACGUUGAUGCAUAAAAUAAGUCCAGCUUUUAUGAGAUAUAUGGAUGCUCUGCGAGUCUGUAGAAAGAAAAGUGAAUAAUCGUUCAUACGUAAAACACAUGCGUUACUACGCGCAAUAUUUUAUUCAUCACGAUGAAGUAACAAUGCGAAGACUGCACACAUCUUAAUGACACGGGACACAAUUUCCUGCGUUGCUUAAAGUCCCGGGGUGAUGUAUCUUCUGCCAGGCCAUUGAGCUGUGUCCCGUCUUCGCGCUUUUGUUUCACGAUGAUUAAGGCACCAACAAGCUGACAUUUGCACCGUGCUGUAUUUUACCCAUGUUGUGCUGGUAGCGACCGAACGCAUAAGCUUUCCGCGGAUCAGAAGUUAGACGCAGCGUUGUUCAUUCGUUCUAGCUGAAACAAUCGUAGGAGCUGGCCUUCGAAUAGUGAUUCAGCAGAUUUCAGUCAAGAAGGAGGAAUAACUAAGGGCACAUAUCACUAGAUCGAAACAAGGUUGUACUGUUAUCACAUGUAGCUGUGCAGACAUAGUACUCUGGCGAAAGGCGACCUAUGAGCUUAAAUGUUUAUAGCACGGAAGAACACUUAACUGACACCAAGCUGAACGUUGUUUGUGACGUAAGAAGCACAGUAUGGCUCUCCUUUGAGCUAUGAAAAAUGGAUGUCUGUGUGCUCAUGAAUAUGAACAGAAGCACAAGGCUGUGUUACGUUACACUUACGUUUGUCAGCAGUAUAAUAAUUAGUUAAUUAAUUAUUAUUUGACAAGUAGGACGUGGAAGGAGGAGUGUGUUGCGAGGCCAUCAAUUUUUUAUUAUUUGAGAGAUCGUUCAAGAUUUUCACGAACGCAGUAAACUUCGUCGGCGCUCUAAUAGCAGCCAGCGGCUGAUUUCCUAACGUUUAGUAAUACAUGCCUGGAGAAUACUCUAAGUGACCAUGAUCAGGUCGCAAUUCUUGGUAUGGUCUGUGACAGUUCUGCUCAGUAAAAAGUUGAAUUUUCUGUUCUUCGACCAAGUUAAGCCUAAAGUGCUGAUCUUGGCUUGCCUAAUGAAGAAUUGGGCAUUGUUUAUAAUCACCAAUCAGGGAGUUCAACAACAAUGAUUCGCGCACUUACCCUUAUUGCAUUAGUUUAACCCCAGGAUCAAUGGAAUUCAUUACUGCAUGCACUGGUCAAAUCGCCGAGAAUUGAGCUACCGGUACUAUUUCGUUCUUCCUUCCAUCAUUAAGAGAAGACACUAUGAGAAGAUGUCAGGUACAGCUGUAUAUGCGAGCCUUCAGGAAGCGGCACUGGUCUUAUAUGCGCUCCAUAAUGACGAAUCUGCUUUAGCAAGUUUCACUGCAAUACACAUCUGUAUUGCGAUGAUAUUAUUGAGCAUACAAAAAUCGUACAGGUAGAUGAAGGCCUCAGGAGAGCAACUCAGAUUACGAUAAAGCCGGUGGCGAAGAAUCUUAAACCUACGGACCCAUCCGAGUACCAGAUUUAGUGUUACCGUUGCAACGCCUUGAAUGUCCUGGAGGCACCGUCGAACUAUACUAAACAAUGACAUGUUGUUUACACCUAGAUGUUGAGCAAAAUCUCACUUCCAUUCAACGCAACACAUUUUGUAUGCUUCACCACGUUACACAGUUGUAUUACGGUGAAGCGACUGUGAAACGCAUAUAAGACCUUGCUCAGGAAGCUACCAUUUGGAGAAGUGCUGGAGCUCCGACGUUGUACGAUGCAGGUUCAGGGAUCGAUGCGAUAUAAGGCUUAGACACCGCAACGAAAGCGUAGGUCCGCUCUCAAUCAAGGAUUUAGUGAAGAGUAAUCGCGCGCGUUGCCACGGCCCUUCUGUACGGCAGGUAAACGCGAAACAACUGCAAUGCGGCACGUAGUUAAAAGCCCAGAGCUCCGCUUUACGUGCGAGCAGGACUUCGUUCCGACCUCUAAAUUCCCGCAGCCACCUAGGUGACCGGACAGGACAGACGGCUCCGCAGACAGCUCACUUUGGUUUCUCGGCAGAAACAUCCGCUUUUCCUUUGGCAGGUCGGUGGCCUUUCACGCAGCGUGGUACAGCUAGCUAUGCAAAAGCCUAGACGGCGCCUACGUCCCCGCCCAUGCGCCACGUCUUCGGACAUUGGUACUUAGGAUACGCGAGCGUUCGUACGAAGUUAAAGCUGACGCGCGGAAAGUUGUGACUGCGUCGUUGUAGCCAGCGCCUUCGCUCAGCGGGCCUCACUGUCCCCAUCGCCGAUGUUAUCCGCGAAGCCAGUUCGGUCGAAGCCUGAACUGGCAACAAAACCGGGUUUCGCACGAAGUCGGGGCCCAUUGCAACGUCCGGUCGUCUUCAAGGAAGGUUGCAGAUUUGCGCACCUGCUACCUUCGUUACUGGGAAGCUGAUAACGGGUUUUGCGUGCAGCUCGUCGAUGUUGUAUCCUGGGCCAGCGACAACAAAAUACGCGAUUUCAGCUCUACCUAAACGGCAGGUAUACGACUGGGAGACCUUGGCAGCCGUUCAGGUAUGGCUCCGGCACUUUCAGAAGGAAAACUGGCUGUUGGCGCAGUAAACUUUGUCGAGCCGGCGUUAUGGCCAGCUACACGCGACCGCAGUUCGCAACCUUUCGAGCGUCGAAAAUUCGGGUGUGUGCUAAUCGGGCUCCUCGAGAGGGAUCCGGCAAGAUGGGCGGACUCUCUCUCCCGCGGGGAGCGAGACCAUAUGGCAGCGGCCCUUUCUGUUCCGCUAUUCUGCAGUGCCUCUCUCUGUCUCUCUGAGACGAUUCAAAUCAUUCCUACGCUUCGGGCGCUCCUUUCACUUGUUUAUCGGGCGUGUGCAGGCCAGCCACACGUGGGGGGGCGUUCGUCAAGCGCUUCUCAUUCGCGUUAUCUUUUUUCCCCUGUGUGCCGUGUGUAUGCGGGCAACCCUCAAACUCCGCCAAACCAGGCAGGAUCGGCGGUGCCUGGAUUGUUUUUUUCUUCUUUGUAUUGUACGGCGCCGGCUUGCAACUCACUCUUGUAGAGAGGUGCAUGGUGUCGUUCUGGCAAUGUAGAUGAAGACGUUUAUGGGAGAAGAAACAAAAAAAAAAACACUGUUGUUGCAUUGUUCGUUCUCUAUCGUUUGUUGUUUUUUACACACUGUUACGCGUGUACUGUCAUCAUUAUUUACUCCUCCCUCGAGUAUCUGUAAACCUUUAACUAAACUGUGUAUCCUCGAAACCCCCCCAAAAAAAACUCAACAAGAGAAAUGAAACUCAGCCUCUCUCUCCUCGUCACCGUGUUGUGCACUCUAUAAUUACUUAGGUAUAUAAAUAUAUAUGUAUAAAUAUUAUGUAUAUGUUUACAUAAUGCAUAUAUGUACAUGUUGAUGUGUGCGCAUGUGUGCGUGUUUCCGUUUAUGCGUUUGUCUUCGCGUGAUAUAUAAAUAUGUGUGUAAAUAAAUCCUAGCUUAUUCCAUGCCGCUGCCCUGCCCCCUUCGACGGGGGAAUGAGGCAGCGAGGAAUAUGGAACAGCGCGGACGCUUCGCUCGGGUUCCAAGCGAGCUCCGUGACGGGUCACGCAAGCGCAAGUGUGUUAACAGUUUUACCGGAAAAGGAUCUUGAGCGCUUCUAUAACUACACAAAUAACCAGAAUGCUAGCGACGUCGAAAAGAGAAAGAAAGCCAGUUUGCACCUGCACGCCUUUAUUGGUGGCGGGUCGCCAUUUGUGACUGCGGAGCCCCGUUGGUGACUGGGCCUCAAACGGGCUCGUGGUGGGCCUUAAUAGUUGCACUGUCUGUAAUCCUUCAGCCCGUAGCUGUACAUAUAACAAAGAAUAGGUGCGCUACGUUUCAAAACGCAAUUCCGUUGCGGACAACGGUCAUGACGUUUCUUACGAUGCUUUCUCGAAUCUCUUCUCGCGUACCUGAUGGCCUUAUACUUUUGAUUGGCGUGGAAAAGAAUCCCGUUCGCUUGGCUGUCAGGCUGGGCAUACCUUAUGAUGAGUUCUGUGAGCCAAACAGGAAAAGAACACAGGUGCAGAAUAAACAAAAAAGAAACUGAUGCGAGCUUGGAAAUAGGUUGACAACGCUUCUGGAGGCAGGCUGCUGCUGCUGAGAGAUGAGCUCUCCGCAGGGGUUGUCGACGCGCCUUGGUUCACGAAAUGCUUUCUGGUGGUUCUUGCGUGCUCAAGCGCAGAUGUGUCCCAAACACUGCCAACGCAUUUAGGCAAAACAAACUGACGUGCUUUAUCGCAGUUCUCUUUUUUGUAAACGUGUCUGCGAACGUGGACGAGAAUGACCCGUUUGGGUUCGGUUGAGAACGACAAGGCUGCCACUAUAUACAUAGGCUAAGACGACGUCACCCCGUUCGCGUAUGUAUCCUGUGAGCGAUCGUAUAGUCUGGAAGAGUGUCUGGUGUGUAUCGAUAGACGGAGUGCGUCAUUUACGAGGCUCUGCUUCGGCAUGUAUUGAAGCAAAGAGAGAGUGUGCUAAGCGAAUGUAAAGGCCUCGGACUCUGUCACGUCAAAAGUGGUUUUUCGUCACCUCACCUAUAGUUAGCGACAGGUUGUCGUCAUAAAGCGGCAAACGCACGGGGCGAAGCGUUCCCUUGGUGACGUAAAUGUUCCAAAUUAUUCACCGUAUUUCGCAGCCCGCACCUUAGAACAGUGGGGAACAUCGCACCGAAGAACUGACCGCGACAGCUGACAGAGGGUUUCAGAAUAGAGGAGACGUACUAGUAGAGACGACACCGCGGAACGGGAAGCUAACCGGCAGCUCUGCUGGCGACAUCUUGCGACACACAGCGGUCAACCAUAACGCGCUGGGAGUAUUCUCUUGUUCGGAAAACAUAAUUUACAAACACACUUUCGUCAUUCUUGUCUACGUGGACGAGUUUACGCCAACUGUUAAGCGUAUAGCAGUUGGUCACUUCAAUCGAAUUACAACGCCGAUUCUGUCAAACAAAACUUCACAAGAUGUCGUUAGUAUCGCUGUUACUCGCUUCCAGGCCUUCCGGUACCCAGGUGACCGUUGAGCUACCACGUCUCAGCUGUGCUAAAUCUGUCUGAUAUCUUGAAAAAAGCACCGCGCAUGUUGUAAUGACGAGACACAUAGCCAUAGACCCCUACAUGCACAAGAGAGCAUGCAUGUUGUCUCAGUGGAGACGAAAGAAAGACGAAUUGAAAGAAAUUCAAUGUAACAGCAGGAAACACGCACAAAGUUCACUUGGAGGAAUUAAGAGUGUACCCUUUCGCGUAUGUAUGCGACGAGUAUAAAAUUCUUCGGAUUUUUUUUUUUGUAUUUGUAUCGCCGCUUCAUAUCUUUGUAUUCCAACAUUAGCGCUUUAGUAUCACCCACCAUUACAGAUAGGCGCUCACGAAUUUUGAUAGUCUAAAAUUAUCCUUCAUGCAUCGGUGCUUUCUGGGAUCUGCCCGCGCAAAAGGCGGUCGCCUCAGAAACUUUGCAGCAAUGCAAUGGGCGCAUUAAGCUAGAAUUUGCUUUUAUUUUUUACUUUUAGUGACGCACAUAUUAUAACGACAUACACAUUGCCUAAAUCUGAUCACACUAGCGUUAUAGAACCACGUGGCGAUAGCUAACUUCUAUCAGUGUUGCUGGCGUAUGCAGAAAUUUCACAGCAAUGUCAUCUCGAGCGUUACAAAAGCUCAUCGCACAGUAGGAAUGUAAAUUGCAAAUCGGCUGUCUCUUUGAACAAAAAUAUUUUUCAUAAGUGACCUUCUGGAGAUAAUGCAUUAGACAGUUUAAAUAAAGUUGCCAUUGUCGUCUAAUCGUACACAUCACUUGACAGGUCAGUAAAAGUUUAUGGGCGUUUCAGAGUUCCAAUGUUGGUACUGACACGUUUGGUCGAUCGUUGAAUUACAAGCGAACAUCUCCAAACCAAAACCAAGACUCGAUAAUGAUGUCGUACGCUAUCCCUCAUGAGGUUGUCACUUACUGCUUUAUCAUCAUGUUUUUGAAAAUAAUGUGAUGGUGGUUGUAUUUGGGGGCCCAAAAAGAGGGCUUUGAGAAAUUUUCGAAUUUUCAUUCCCCUCUGCCGGCUUAACGCUUGUCGCAUUCAAGAAUUGAAGCUGUUGAGGUGUAUGUUUUUCAAGAAGAGCUGCCUUAGCACAUAAAUAGUUUCAUCCGUUUCCUUCAGUAUUUACGCGCAACUGAACUAACGGCAUGAAUUAUUCUAGAGUGUACUGAAGGGAAGCCAAACGAAAUGUAUUGGAUACUCAUGUCAUGGGAGUGUAUUGACAUGGGUAAGGAUUUCCGUGGGUUAAGAACGGGCCCUCUGCGAGAAAUCGAACUCUAGAGCGGUGUACUAUGUGUAUGUGCCCAUAAGCGUUGGUGUUCAAGCUUGCACGUAGCCAAAACGUAAUUGGUCGUAGGAAAAAAACUUAGGCCACGACAAUUUCUAGUAAAUGAAAAAAAUAACUUCUACCAAAUUGCAGUUGAGGCCAGAAGUGACAGCGCCCAGGUGAGCGGGCCGCCUUUCCAUGAAGGCAUCGUGAUUUUGAAAACUUUCGUCAAGGCCUCAUUUGUAGGCAUGUUCUUUUCGAAGACCUUGUUGCUGUCGUUGUUGUAUUUCAGUUUACGUGGCUACUUUUUUACUGGCAUUGGUAGGAAGGAGGGAACGUCAAGUCUAGGGGCGCUCCGAAUGGGACGUCACAGUGUAUGUGAAACUACGAAACUAUAGCCUACUUCAGCUAACGCUUGCGAAAUUAAGGAAAUAAGCAGGGACAGAAGAGACAGGGAGACGCACGUAAUGGGACGUUUUCUUAUGUCUCUUCUUUUGUCACUGGAAAAAAAUUAUUUUGCGUUACUUCUACCUAGAAAAAAUUCUGUAGGCUGUAGUGAGGUGGUUCUACUUGUGAGCUGCUUUCGACGGUAGGCCGCCACGCUUCUGUACUCCAUCUCGCAAGUCGUUUGCAGCGCUGCCGGAGGUACCAAGCGUACACAGGAAAUAUCGUUCCGCAGCGUAAUAUAGUUCCGGGCGUAAAUGUCUGAUUAAUGACAGGAUUAGGGUGUUAUGUUUUCGCUUGGCACAAGAGUUUGUUACAGCGAUACGACACGUGUUAGGACAUUUGCGCGUGCACGUAGUAUACCUCGAAUUCAGCAGCCGCUGAGCAGACGACGCGGCGCGGAUGAACACAUCUCGAGGGGCGUUCGGCCUUCUCAUUGGCUAAGGAGUCCUGCAGCUUCCACAGCGCCGCCAACGACUUGCAAGAGGGAGUAUAAGUGAACGUAGCGCUUCGGCGCAUUUGAAGUCCCUUCAAGCGUGACUGCUCGUCCCGAUCACUUUCUGUCAAAAUUUUGUUGCACGUAUGGCCGGGGAAUAGGUGUUAAGCAGGUUUAGAGGUGUUUUUGUUGGAUGUACAUGGGCAACACUUAAAGACCUUUUUUUUGUAUUCUUGUGGUGGCAGCAGGACGUUACGUGACACUGUCAGUAGCAGCAGUGACGGACGUGUUGUCCUGCGAUACGUUAAAACAUGAAACACAUACAAAAUGGAAGAGCGAGCGCUUAAUGAGAACUAACGAUCUCAGCCGUUUGAGUACAUUACAUCUAGAGCGCGCCCCAGUCAUUGCACGGAAUGGGCGUGCCGACAGCAAUACCUUUUUUUCUUUCUUCCCCGAACUCCUCAGUGUUAGUACACCAAUGACAGCCGGUGCAGCGGUGGAUGUCGCUCCCUCGACUGCACCUUUCAUGUUCGCUUGCUGUGUACGCAUGUAAGUUUCGCCGCAGAAGGUGUGGCGAGAUGCGCGUGUUUUUUUCUGUGUGUGAUUGGCGCCUGACGCUGUGUGUGUCUGUCUAUCUGUCUCUCUCCCUCUCUCUACCGCUCUAUCACUCGCUAUCGCUUUCUAUUUCACUCUCCAACAGCUCUGUCGCGUGCUGACUGUUCCCGAGGAGAGUGCAUAUGCUAUGUCUGAGAAAACAAAAAUUGAGGGCAUUAAAAGCAAAUCGUUUCAUCGCCAGCACAGUUCUGCUGUUUAUUAUUUUUUCUUCGAGAGGGUGUGGCGGAGAUCUGCCAUGACUGAAACCUUGGUGUUCAAAUAAAUAUCUUCUUACGUAAGUUCCACAGAAGGUCAAUUCGCAAUUCAGUGCUACAUAUGAGAACGGUGAACAAGGUGUCGUUCUCAAUUGUCGGGUUUAGACACUCCGACCACUGCCGCUCGAAAUAAAUUGAACAUUUUUUUUUUUGCACUGUAGAACAAGUGGUGCUGCAUCAUCAGUCACACUGUUGUGAAGUAAGGAAAACUUUAAAAAUUUAGCGAAGGGUUAAAUUCUCACAGAAUUCAAUGUGCAUUAGAAGCUUGCAUUGUACAUAUUCUAUCACGAAAAGCAUAAGCAGGCAAGUUAUUUAUCGCAGUACUGUAACCUCGACGUAUCGUUUCUUUUUGGGUGUCUUCUUUUAUUUCAUUUCCGGUAGUUCUUCGAACGAUGUAGUCGACGUGCUAAAUAAAUAAUAAAUAUCUGCCUCGAGUA